ACAACCAAACCAAAACCAAUACCAAAACCAGAAACAAAAGCAAAAAAUCCGAUCGGACGAGCAGAUGAGGUUUUAUACUUGUUGCAUCUGAAACCCUAAAACCAAGGUGCGCGAUCUUCUUCUUCAAAAGUUUGAUCUUCUUGAAAACAAGAUUGCACCUUCGACUAUCAUAUCUCCAGUUGUUGGAUUCCCUGCAAAUACAACACAAAUUGUUCUCCUUUUCCACUUAACAAGCUGACUAUUUAGAUAAGUCUUGCUCUUCAUUUCGUACUACCUCUAAACAUGCAUGAUAGGCAUAGAAGUCCUGGGAAUGGCUAUAGGUCUAGUUCUAUGGGGAUGGGGGUUGCCGCCACACGGAUAUCCCCUGAAACUUUCGGUAGAGGCCAGGGCUUUUACAAUUCAGAGUAUCGCAACUUCAAGCGUGGUUUUGGGCGUGUCCAGAGUCACCCAAAAUCGUUUCAAUCAUAUCCACGCAAAGGCACUGACAUAUUUAUGGAAGCCGGCCGUCUUGCUGCGGAAUAUUUGGUCUCUCAGGGAUUGUUGCCCUCCAGUGUGAUACCUGCCAAAUGGCAGAAUUAUAGGUCACAAGAGGCUGAUAACUUGCAUCUUAACCCCGAUGGCCGAACGUCAGCUCUUGCUCGUCUGGGACAUGCUACCUCUGAUUUGGGUUUAGGCAGGAGGAGGUACCUUGAUGAUUAUAACUCGACAGGGUCAAGAAAUCUUGCUAAAGGAAAAAGGAAAGAGGGAUCUUAUCGAAGUUAUAGCUCCGAUUGGGGUCGAGAAUAUGGGAGAAGCGUGUCAUGGUCAGAUAGAGUAAGGGUUUCUUCUGAUUUGGAGAUUGACGACGAUAAUGUUUCUGGACAUCACGAAGAAGCACAAAUAGGUAAAGAUGUUGGUAAUGGAUUGCAGAAGCCUGUUUCAAGCGAGUUUGCACCAAAAAGUGAGGAAUUAGAUAACUCAGAAUUUGCUGGUAAGUACAAACUACAGGAUGAAAUGGGCUUAAAGGCUAGUUCUUCGGGUACUGGGAAAGAUCUAAAUUUGGUGACUAAUGGAGAACUCUUGAAGAGAUCGGAUGGUUCAACAAAUUUUAGUACAGAAGCUGGAGAGCUGAAGAAUGGCUGCAAUAAUGAUGAAACUGAAGAGGAGGGUACCAUGAAGGAUUUAUCCUACCAGCGUUCUUCUACAGAGGAUGAUCUCUUGGGCAAGACUAGUGCAGAUUUAUUGGCACUCUGCAAAUUUGCCAAGGUGCCUACAAAAACACGUUCUUCAUUGACAUUGAAGAACUUAAAGGCUGACUCAGUUUCAAUGAAUGAACAUGAAAGUGUUUCUGAUAUUGGAACUCCCAGUGGUCCUCAAGUCUUACUUGAAGACAAUUCUCCUUUAGGUUCCUCUGGUGAUAUGCUGUUAAAUAAAAGUCAGGAUUCAAAAUGCCCUGAUUCUGAACUUUCUAAAGAUUUGUCUGUCCAUUCUUUUGGCGAUGUGGGGGACUUGGAUCAUAUUUAUGGUGUUGAGCAGGGUAAGUGUACAAGGUCUCAGUCUCUCCCUGAUAGAGCCCUUUUGCAAGACAAUGAGCAGGAACAGAUUCAUGGGAUGCCUGGUCUCCAAAGAUCCAGCUCUAUGGUUGUGGUUAAAGAGAGAAGUGAAAAACGAAGUUUGGAGUGGAGUGAUAUUAGGGAGGGAGCCAAAAAACCAAGAGAAUGGCUUCAGCCUUUGUCUACCGAGGCUGAGUUCUUGCCCUUUUCUGAUUCUGGUGACAAGAAAGAAGGUUCAAUAGAAGGGACAGCUUCAACUUCUGAGAAAGUCGGUGUGGCUGUUGAUAAAGAGAUUCAAGACAGCUUGGUUACUAAUUCUCAAUUUCCAGAUGGAGAUGGUGAAUCAAGUGUCAAUUAUGCACAAGAAAAGUUGCUUUUUCCAAAUGCUUUCAAGAUUUGUGACCUCAACCUGAUGGAAGCUUCUGAUAUAAAUGAAAAUCAUCAUAAUGAUCCAAUUAUUAUUUACUCCACUGCUUCAGAAGCCAAAAAUGAAACAGCAACAAUUGAUAUAGAUUUGUCAAUGAGUAAUUCCAACAAUUCUGGCGGACGCUGUAGGCAUACAAGUAACUGUAAGGAGAUUGAAGUAAUUGAUCUAGAGAAUGAUUCUACUCAAGAAGACAAGGCUGUUGAUAAUUUGGAGAGAAAGAGUGAACCAAUGUUUGCGAGUAUGAAUGGUGAUAUGACUGAUGUACCGGAUCAUUAUGAUGGGCUUAUGAUCACAGAGUUCCUCAGAAAUUUUUCCAAUUGCCCUCCAGAGGAUAUUAAUCCUCACUCUCUGCAAAAUGAAAACAUUAAUACUCUGCAGACCGAGGACAUCAAUCCUCUUCAGAGUGGGAUGGGCCUUCAUAAUGGAGAGGGAACUCUUGCAGAUGACGACUCCAUAUAUAUGUCCCUGGGGGAAAUACCAUUAAGCUUUUUGCCAACCUGGGAGCAACCACCAGCACAAGAUUAUAGAAAGCCCUUCUGAUUCUACAAUCGGUCUAAAUGUGUGAUGAAAUACUGCUCAGAAUGUUAACAUUAGUCACCAAGGAAUUUGAGAGAGGAUGAUUGCUUUUCUCGCAUUUGGCUGUUGCACCGCAUCAUUUCACAAAAGGAAAGUUCAUCAUGUUGAUUUCUAUAGUAUCUUUCUUGUACUUUUUUGCUUCAACUGGACUGAGAUGUAGAAUGAUAUCAAAGUAAUCAACUUAAGGUCUAUUUUGCCUAUAUAUAUAUAUUGGUAAUAUUUUGAAAAAGAAACUUGAGGAUUAUCCAGAUUGAGAUCAAUUUUGAGAGGGUUGUUAUAUAUAAUGACUACAUGUCAUUUGUCAGAGCCCUCGUUACUAUUUCUGAUGAGCAAUGAUGCUUUCUUGGCAAGUCGUACUAAGCUUAGAUGGACAGUGAUAAUUACACGUAAAAUUCUGGAAUGUUUACGCGGGAAAAUUUCAAGGUUUUGGAGUAUAGAG